AUGAAAUCUAAAUAUCGAGUCUUUUUAUCUUCAAUCGAUGCAUUUGGUCACAUCAAUUGUACAUUGGGCUUUGGUGAGCUUCUUGCCCAAGCAGGACAUGAAGUAACAUUUGUGAACCGUUCAUAUCUCUCUAAGCUGGCUGAAAAACAUGGUUUCAACUUUAUUCCCUUUGAUGAAUCAUUUUUCAGCCAAUUGUCUUCAAAGCCCUUUGAAAACUGGGUUGAAACCAAUUUGGAUAAAUUCCGUUCAGAUGCCUUGACACGUUAUUCGAACUGGUCUGAUCAGGAUAAAGAAUUGUUUGCAAUCAUAACUGAUUCCUACGAGCCUACUAAUAAAGCUCUUGAAAAGGUAUUGAAAGAACAUCAUGAUUCGUUUGAUAUUUUCAUUGGUGAUUUUGUCACUCGUUACCCAGCUUUAUACCAAUCAACCAAACCUUUCAUACCGCUAUAUUCAAUGAAUCCUUUAUCACUUUACCCUGGAGGACCACCGCCAUUCUCAGGAUACUCUGUUAAAGUUGAUCAGCAAACAGCUGAACAAUUCAGGCAACUCUACUUUGAUGCGACUUCAAGGUUUUUAGAAAAACUGAAUGCUUGGUGGGAAUCACACAUGGUACCAAGCUUGCCAAAAGAGACUAGUUUUGUUGAUGAACCAAAAUAUUUUGGAUUCUAUCAUUACCCUGAAGGACUUGACUAUAAAGAAUGUGGACCUAAAAUAUCCGACAAAUGGGUUCGAGUUGACGCAAGUAUACGCCAAGCAAAUGACGCCUCAGUGUUUAAAAUUCCCGAUUCUUUGGCAAAUUUACCUGGGAAAUUGAUUUUCUUCUCUCUUGGUUCACUUGGAUCAAUUGACGUUAAAUUGAUGAGAAAGUUAAUCGAUAUUCUAGCCAAAUCGCCACAUCGUUUUAUUGUUUCUAAAGGACCAAGAGGUGAUGAAAUUGUUCUUGCACCUAAUAUGUGGGGACAGAAUUAUGUGGACCAAAUCCCGAUCUUGAAAGCUGUUGAUAUGGUAAUUACUCAUGGUGGUAAUAACACAUUUAUAGAGACAUUAUACUUUGGUAAACCUUUGAUUGUGAUUCCUUUUUUCUUUGACCAAUUUGAUAAUGCCCAACGAGUUGUCGACUGUAAUAUUGGUAAACGUCUGAAUAGCUGGGAUCUUGAUACAAAUUUACUUGAUGCAAUAGAGGAAACAUUGACUAACACCGAGUUUCAUCAGAAAAUUAAUGAAAUCUCAAUCUCAAUGAGAUCAGCUGAAAGCAAACAGAAAGCUGUAACAAUGAUUGAAAAUUUAUUGACUCAACUUGACUUAGAGAGAAUCAAAAAAUAA